AUGUACAUGCAAAAAGAUUCAGUCGAUUCGUCUAAUAUACAUCUUUCUUUCUUUCUUUCAGCCAUCUAUCUAUCUAUCUAUCUAUCUAUCUAUCUAUCUCCCAGUCGUUCUUUCUUUCUUUAUUUAUUUCUUUCUUUCUUUCUUUCUUUCUUUCUCAGUUUGUUCAUUAUCUAUCUAUCUAUCUAUCUAUCUAUCUAUUGCAGUUUUUUCAUCUGCCUUGAGUGCAGUCUAUUCAUAUCUAUCUAUCUAUCUAUCUAUCUAUCUAUUCAUAUCUAUCUAUCUAUCUAUUCUAUCUAUCUAUCUAUCUAUUGCAGUUUUUUCAUCUGCCUUGAGUGCAGUCUAUUCAUAUCUAUCUAUCUAUCUAUCUAUCUAUCUAUUGCAGUCUUUUCAUUUGCCUUGAGUGCAGUCUAUUCAUAUCUAUCUAUCUAUCUAUCUAUCUAUCUAUCUAUCUAUCUAUCUAUCUUAUCCACAUCGGUAAUAUUUAUUUAUAUCUACGAAUGCUCAAAAGUCGUUGCUUCAAAUCUCUUUCCUGUUAUUCAUACAUCUACUAUAAUUUUCCAACUGCUUUCUUUCUUUCUUUCUUUCUUUCUUUCUUUCUUUAUAAUCUUAAAACGAAUUUCUUUCUUUUCCUUUUCUGAGUAUUUAGUGACUACUAUAAUUCCCAACUGCUUUCUUUUUUUCUUUUUUUUUCCUUUCUUUCUUUCUUUCUUUCUUUUCCUUUAUGAUAUUUUAAUAAACUACUAUAAUUUCCCAACUGCUUUCUUUCUUUCUUUCUUUCUUUCUUUCUUUCUUUCUUUCUUUCUUUCUUUCUUUCUUUCUUUCGAUUGUACCUUUGUUCGUUCGUUGAUUCGUUCAUCCAGAUACUACUAUAAUUUUCCAACUGCUUUCUUUCUUUCUUUCUUUCUUUAUAAUCUUAAAACGAAUUUCUUUCUUUCUUUCUUUUCUUUGUUUCUUUGUUUCUUUGUUUCUUUGUUUCUUUCUUUCAUGCUUUCUUUCUUUCUUUCUUUUCUUCGUUCGUUCGUUCGUUCGUUCAUUCGUUCAAAUCUUUUAAUGAGCUAUUAUAAUUUCAAAACUGAUUUUUUUCUUUCUGUUUCUUUUUUCUUCCUUCUUUUUUUUUCAUUUUUUCGUUUCUGUUUUUUUUUCCUUCUUUCCUUCUUUGUUUGUUUCUUUCUUUUAUUCUGUCAUUUUCAUAUCGUACAAUCAUUUCCUAAAUCUAUUCAUGCAUUACUUCUUUCUUUGUCUGUUUUUUUUUUGUUUCUCUUUUCUUAUUCACUUCUUUCUUUUAUUUUUCUUCUUUUCUUUCCAAUAUUUAACAUCUUUCCUACUCCCAUUUCUUUUCUUUCAUUUCUCUCUCUCUCUUUUUCUUUUUUUCUUUCUCUCUCUCUCUCUCUCUUUCUCUCUCUUUUCAUUAUCUAUUUUCAAUUCUUAUUUUCCUCACGUGUAUGCUUCGCCGAUUUCACUUCUGGGGCAUAUUUUGUCUUAUCUUGA